GAGAUACUGUCAUAUCCAGAGUGAGACGAAGAAUUUGGACUUUGCUGUGCUCAGGUGUGCAUCUCACAGACUCCAGUAGAAACAGGAACCAGAAGAGAGGGAGAAGCACAACUAUGAGUAGUCCUAAUGCCAAGCCAACAUGUUUGUCGCAACCUGUAGUGAAGAGCGUGAUGGUGUAUCGCAAUGGAGAUCCAUACUUCCCAGGGCGCCGAGUGGUCAUUCAUGAGAAGAAGGUGUCUAGUUUUGAUGUCUUUCUGAAAGAGGUGACAGGAGGAGUGAAUGCCCCUUUUGGAGCUGUGCGGAAUAUCUACACUCCUCGUGGUGGGCACCGCAUCCGACAACUGAAUGAAAUCCAGAAUGGAGAGCACUAUGUUGCUGGUGGCAGGGAGGCUUUCAAAAAACUCAACUACCUGGACAUAGGAGAACCGAAGAAAAGGCCUAUAGAAGCUAAUAAUGAGGUGAAGCCAGUCAUCCACAGCAGAAUCAAUGUGUCAGCGCGCUUUCGAAAGCCACUUCAGGAGCCGUGCACUGUUUUCCUGAUUGCAAAUGGUGAUCUUGUAAGCCCAGCAGUGCGUCUUUUUAUCCCAAGGAAAACAUUGAAUCAGUGGGAACAUGUUCUUGAAAUGGUUACUGAGAAAAUCACACUAAGAAAUGGAGCUGUGCACAGGCUCUAUACUUUAGAUGGAAAACCUGUCGAGAGUGGACUGGAUCUGGAAAAUGGGCAAUUUUAUGUAGCAGUUGGCAGAGACAAAUUUAAGAAGUUACCCUAUAGUGAACUACUGUUUACCAAACCUACAGUUAGGAGAUCUUAUGGGUCCAAAUCAUCUGGGAAGUCUAAGGGGAGUUCCAAAUCUACUGACACGGGUGACACAGUAACUUCUCCUCCACCUUCAAAGAGGAAGGAAAAGCAUGGACAGAAUCAAGAGUCUAAAAAACCUGCAAAAUCAAAAGAAAAUGCACAAGUUAUGACCAAAACUUAUAUUCUCCCAGAUAAUGACGAGGGUGUUUACAAGGCUGGGAAAAAGCCAUCUGAAAUACGGGGAGCUGCAGAAGUCCAGGAAGACGAAGACACUCAAAUUGAGGUCCCAAUUGACCAGCAGCCAGCAGAAACGGUGGAUGAAGAAGAAAAUGUGGCUCAUCACAAUGAAGAAUAUGCAGCAAUGAAUGGGGAGGCUGAACCAGGUGAAGAAGCUGGGGAGGCCAUCAAUGAAACAGAAGAAAACAAAGAAAAAAUGGAUGACCAUUCUGACAAUGAACAGCCAGAGAUUGAUGAAGUAGGCGAAGGUGAAACUAGGCAUGCCCAAGGUGGAACAAAUGAAGAAAAUGGUGAGGAAAUGGAUCAUAAUGGUCAUGAAGAAGAAACAAAAGGAAGCGCUGAUGAUCCAACUCAGGCAGAUUCCCAGAAAACUUCAACUCCAAGAGUAACUAUCACCAGUCCUCAGGAAAGUGAAAAAAAUGAACAAACUAAUGAAUAUGCAGCAGUAGCAUAGAUAUAUUUGAAAGGACAUAGAUUAGUAGAAAAUGAAGGAUUUUAUAUUUGGAAUGCAAAGCAUCUUUUUCUGUACUCAGUUAAUUUAUAAUGUGACAGUAUGGUGGAACUUCACCCAUUAAACUUGGAAGUGAUGAUGUGGUAUCCAGUACUUAGAUAAAUAAAUGAUGAGGAAGAUAUGGAGGGAGAUCAAAUUAUACUUCCAAAAUUUGUUCUUUCUUCCGUCUGAAUUUUAAAGGUCUUUUUUUAAUAAAUUGAAAAAUGUUGAACUAGCCGCAUUUGUACUGAUAACAGAUAUAGUUAGAAUGAAAACAGUUUGUUUAGAAAAGUUAAAGAAUGUUUUUGUGAUUUUAAAUGGAAAAUGUGAUUUAAAAAAAUAGCUGAAUAAAUCUUUAUGAACAUGAGCUGUAGGAUUUCAUUUAAAUAUGCCAGAAGACAUAUUUUCACUUUGUAGUAUGGAGGCUGAAGUAGAAAAUUCUUAGCAGUAGAGAAACAUGCAUUUAUCUAGUGCCUUGAAUAACUUUUGGUGUGUUCAUGGGGCUUUUGCAUGUAUGUACUGUUGUGCUCAUUGAAAAGACUGUACAUACAGAUAUGCUUCCUCUGCUUAAAUGAAUGGCAAAGCUAUUAAAUACAUCUGAGAUCUAUGUGGCAAUUAGAGCUCCCAUGUCUGGAGAAGAUGACUGGAUUGGGAGGAUAGAAUGUGACCACAAGAUGAAGUACUUCUACUUUAUCAGUUGGUAGUUGCAAUAGUACAAGUAAUUGUGCUGCAUUCAGAGCACAUUAAUAACUCCAUCCUAUAUUCAUCAAUUUGGAAAUAAUCCAUUGAACUCAGUGGAUCUUGUCUCCAAGUAAAAUGUACUUAAGAUGACAUACCCAAUGUGUUUAGCAUAGUUCUGCAAUUUGUUCUGUGCAUGCCAGACCCACUAAAGUUAAAUGAAUCUCCUGUCAGCAGGCCACAAGAAACAAAAUUAAAUUAAUCAGCUGUCAGUCCUUGAGGUCAAGGAUUUCACUUCUUAAAUAUAAUAUACUUAUCCAGUCAACCACAACGUUAUGAUGUAACAAUACUGACGUUUACUUUAACUUGCAAAUAUGUUCUCAUUGGUUUUAACCUUUAGCUCAUGAGAAACCAGAAUAUUACAUGUUGGGUCAGCUACAUGUUUUGUAAAUCAACAUAGCUCCAUGGCUGACUAAAUCUCAAAAGAAACACCCACAAAGGCCUUCAGAAUGUUUCUGUGAAGUGUACUGCUCUUAUCAGUUUUCUUUUUCUUUUUUUAGAUAGGUUUUUUAAAUAAAAUGAAUUCUUAUCAUUUUUCUUUUUUUUUCAGAUAGGUUUUUUUAAAAUAAGAUGAAUUGUCAUUUGUAUUUGUAGCUACUGAUAAAUAAUUCGGUCAUCUUCACCAUUGUUUAGUUUGGCAAUAUUAAUUUCUUCAUUCUGAUAUAUUUUAGCUUGAAUAAACUUAUACAAAUAUACUUAUACAGAUGUUAGUAUUAUAAAAACUAGUAAAUUGUUAUUGUUACAGUUUCCAAGCAGCUGAUAGGAAAGAAAGUGAUUACCAAGGAAAUGUUAUAUCACAGUAUCGAAAGGAUCAGUGUAUCACAGCUACAUGAUACAUCUCUUAAUGAAUUAUAAAUAAGCCUGUUCACACCAAAUUAUCGAACUCUGAUUCUACAAAUGAUGGUGGAAAGUGCCAUCAAGUUGCAGCUGACUUAUGGCAACCCUGUAGGGCUUUCAAGGCAAGAGAUGAACAGAGGUGGUUUACCAUUGCCAGCUUCUGUGUAGCAACCCUGGACUUCCUUGGUGGUCUCCCACCCAAGAACUAACCAGGGCCCAUCCUGCUUAGCUUCCAAGAGCUGACAAGAUCAGAGUAGCCUGGGCCAUCCCAGGUCAGGGCAAUUCAGCAAAUACCAAAACUGCAUGCUUUUAAAAAAAAAUCUCAGUGUUUCAACCUUGUCUUAUGGCCUUUGGGCUGUUCAAGGCAUGGUGCUUAUUUAUCAGCUUGUAAUGAAAGUCUGUGAACUGGGCUCCUCAUGUGCUUAAAUAUCUUUCAGCUCUUGGUCCUCUGGGUCAAGUCUUAGGACCCUGAUCAGUAGUAGAGAAUAUGACAGAUAUGUAAGGGAAAGUUCAUAAAUGCUUAUUGAAUGGCAGGUGAAAUCAUUCAUAAUUAGCAUUUAUGAAAUACCCAUGAAGCAUCAGACAUGGUAAAGAGAACCUUGAUAAAAUUUCAUGGAUGAUACUUUUCUAUAGAAGAAUUCACACAUCCAACUGUAAGUCAUCAGAUAAUAUGUUGUUAGGAUUGUAUAGAUUACUGGGAAUUUUGACAUGGAAGGAAAACGGAAUCACACUCAAUGUCCUUCCCAUUUCCUACAUGUAUUAAUAAUAUCUGAAAGAGCCCAUGUGUGUGCAAACAGUGCUCAAGCAUGUAAUCUUGCAUAAAGCAUGGCUUCUGUAGUUUUGGAACCUAUGAUGUGCGCAAGUUGUAGGUGAGAGGCUCAUUCUGAAGUUAUACAGAAUAUACAGAGUGAGUAAGGACAGGUUCAGCAGAUGCAAAUGAACAUAAUUCUAUUCACCCCUUAUGUACAAUGACACUGUACAAAUACAAUGGGUAUAAAAUCUUGUUAGAGAUGAGAUGUCAGACUAUGUAAAUGAAUGUAUGAAAGAACCCCUUGUAAGUCUGCUUUCAGUAAACAAAGUUCUUAAGCACAAUCAAUCUUAAGCCUAAUCAAUUGAUUUAAUGUAGAUUCAGAUCUCCGUGGCAGAUGCUGAGACAGUUUGAACCAUUAGGAAUAUUCAAAUGUCAAAUUCCAAAGAAAGUUCAAAACUUCAAGAUCAGCAUAAUGCCAUAUUCACCUGUGUCACUUUUAAGAUGCCUGUUGGUCCGUACUAUCCUAUAUGACUGGUAGGCUGGCUACCAGUUCCUUUUCCCACUUUUACUGGUAGAUAUGGACUCUGUGACUGCAUCCCCUCACAGUUCUUGAGGUAAGACCUACCUCCCCCAAGCAGCUUGUUCAGACUAUCAGCAAGACUGUUGACCCUGUUCUUCUCUAGUGACCUCUCACAGCUGGCAUUCAGUAAACACUUUCUAGUAUGUGUAUUGCAGGGGGACUGGGUAAGUGGAUCUUCACUGCUGCCCAAUAUACGAGACCUUAACACUACCCCAUACUACUUCUUCGAAUCUCCUUCUAAAGGGAUCAGCUGGGAGGGUAAGGGGACGUGGCAACCCUAGCUAGAACUUUUUUCUCUAACCUGCUUUUAAAAAAAUUGUAUAGGGGAGCAUUAAAGAUGUGACUCUUCUUGCCUGUAGAGUCUGAAAUGAGAUAGUUCAUUCUACCAACUCAGCGGUCUACCAUUUCAUUCUGUGCACAACUAGGCAAGGUCUUAGUCUCCAGGAGCUGACCUCCAAUUCUAUGAGUUUCUUAGAUUUCUAAGGCCAACAAUUGCAGCUGAGAGCUUUUAGUACUUUUCCCAGUGCCAGAUGAUACUUGUAAGAAUCAGUUCACACAAAUAUUGUGGUUAAAUAGCUAUCUGAAGAGCUGGUCAUCAGCAUAGUUUGGCAGGCCUCCUCCACCAUUUCUAAAGAGUGAUCAGCAGUGAGGUGUAUUUUGGAGGAACACUUUGGAUAACUACCACUUGCAGUGGAAAAACAGGGUUGAAAGCCACAAAGAUGAAUUAGGUACCCGUACCUUUAUCGUGUUACUUAUCCCUUAACCAUUACAACAGAAAAUUGUAUGAAAUAUUUUAUUUUUUUAUAUAUUUUGUGAUUGUAGUAAAAAUAAGAUAACCAUGCCAUUAGCUCUUGCUAAUGGAAAGAAAAAAAGAUGAUCACUAAAAUAGUCUUUUAAAACUUUUAAAACAAGAGUAUGUUAAUGAAAGGAGUGGUACAUGAAAUAGCCAAACAUCUGGGAGAGCAGCAGCAGUGAUCUCUGCUGCCUCUAAUAGAUGUUUUGGGAGAGGGGUGUAUAGGCUGUGCUCCCUCUGCUCAAUGAGAGGGAAGGAUUACAUGAGCGAGGGUUAUCUCUGCCUGCAUCCCACUCCAGACGUCAACAGGGCACAGGGAAUUUGAUGACUUUCUAGAAGCUCCCCUGCCUUUUGUUUUCCAAUGUUAACCCUCUGAAUGACAUGGCUGACCUAUGGACAGCUUGUUCUAGUUUCAUCUCUAGCAUUCUUGCAGGUCCUGUCUUUGGGAUAAUAGCAUUUUCACUUAUGCUUUUCUAGCUCUGGAAAACGGUACAGAGAAGUAAUGCCAUCUUAGCCAGGAAAAGGAAACGAGUCUGUUCCAGAGGUUUUUAUUUAAGUGCCAGAUCCUUGAAAGAUAAACUAACAAUACUAAUAUUGAAUAAGAUUACUGUCUCUGAAAAUAGUUGAUCCUCUGUUUUCCAUGACUGAGGAGAAAUAGAAGAACAUUCUAUAAAGAUUUCACUUUGCAUGUUUGUCAGACACUAUCCUUUUUUUACUCACUGUGCCCUGAAAGUCAGGCUUCCCUUUGAAACCCUUUGACCUCCUUUUUCACAUUCAUUUCUGUUAUUUUAUCUUUUUUCCUUCUUGUGUUGUAUUUUGUUUCAUGGUGUGUAAACAUCAUUUUGUGCAGGUUCUUAAUAUUAUAGCUUCACUUUUUUUUUAAAAAAGAGGAACUUUAAAUAAAAUACAGCUUGGAAGCAACAAAAAGAUGUUUAACAUAUAAUUGUAAAAUCUGUCAAUAUAUUUGUUAACUAGAAAAAAAUUAUAAAUACAAUUAUCUGCCCAAACUUCA